AGUGAAUUUUAUUGUUGAAGAAACUUCAUGGACUGAUGCACGCUUCUAAAUUUUCGAAUGUUUGAAUUGUAACACACCUCUCGUUAUACUGCCGCUGCUGCGACUUCGUACGUAACACUUGACUCCUCCGCUUUUAACUCCCUCUCUUAUGUUCAGAAUUGCACUGCACAACCAAGUUACCAACUUCUUAGCUGAACUGAACUAUGAAGCGUUAAACAGUUGCACCGAAACUUAUGGUACCCACGCGUGCGUUAACAUGCACGUUAUACGACUUGUAUGCUCACUAUACUAAAUAUACUAUACGAAUGGCGCUGCACAAAAGAAGGAUUAGAAAAUUCCUUUCUUCUGCACAUGCGUAACUACUACGUAAACAGAAGCAAAGUUGCUUCUAAUUUCAAUAUAUACUAUAACAACAUUUUGUUAAACAAAAAAGACAUUUUAAAAUUACAUACAUUUUAUUUUAUACUACAUACGUAUAUAUAUUUUAUUUAAUACUUUAGAAUUUUUAUAUUAUCCACUUUAAAAUUAAUGGUACGAAUAUUAAAAUAAUUAUAUAAAAUUAUGAAUUCUAUAAGAUUUGGAAUAUUGACGAUUAGCGACAGCUGUUCUAUGCAGAAAAAUGAAGAUAAAAGUGGACCUGAAAUAGAGGAUUGUAUUAAAAAUAAUAAUUCUGAAAUUGGAAAAAUUUUUAAAGGAGAAGUAUGGUUUAAAAAGCUUAUCCCAGAUGAUGAGUAUGCAAUAAAGGAAAAUUUAAUAUCUUGGAGUGAUAGUAAACAAGUAGAUGUUAUUUUAACAAUUGGUGGCACUGGAUUUUCUAAAAGAGAUGUUACCCCUGAAGCAACAAAACAGAUUAUUCAAAAAGAAGCACCUGGCAUUGCUAUAGCAAUGUUAACAGCCAGUUUAAAAAUUACUCCAAUGGCUAUGUUGUCUAGAGCUACAUGUGGAAUACGAGAUAAGACAUUAAUUAUCAAUUUACCCGGAUCACCAAAGGCUGCUAAGGAAUGCUUAGGUGUCAUUGCACCUGCUAUACCACAUGCAGUUGAUUUACUGAGAGAUAACAGGAAAAAAAUAAAGGAUACACAUGAAAGUGUACAAAAUAGUUCUGCAAUUUGUUCACACAAAUGUCAAGAUAAGACAUCAUUGUGUUUAGGAAAUGUGGUUGAACGCCAUAGAGAGUCACCGUAUCCAAUGAUUUCUAUGGAAGAAGCUUUAAAAAUUAUAUAUAAAAACACAGAUCCAUUAAAAUUAACAUUAACAGUAGACAUGGAAAAAGCAUAUGGUAGAAUAUUGGAUAGUGAUGUAUAUUCUAAAUAUGAUUUACCACCAUUUAGAGCAUCUAUUAAAGAUGGCUAUGCAGUGUUAGCAAGUGAUGGGAAAGGCAAGAGAAAGGUAUUAAGUGGAAUUAAAGCUGGAGAUCUUGCCACUGAAAUUAAGCUUGAAUCUGGAACAUGUGUGAGAGUGAAUACAGGUGCUCCAAUUCCAGAUGAUGCAACAGCAGUUAUACAAGUAGAAGAUACUAAAUUUAUAAAAGGAACUUUCGAUAAUAAAGAGGAAAAAGAAAUUGAGAUUAUGACUGAAAUAAAACAUGGACAAGAUAUCAGACCCAUUGGAUGUGAUAUUAAGAAAGGAGAGUUGAUUUUGAAGGGAGGAACAAAACUCGAAGCCGUAGAAUUAGGUCUUCUCUCAGCUUGUGGUUAUAACGAAGUAUCAGUUACAGAGUUUCCUAAUGUUGGUGUAUUAUCUACUGGAGAUGAGUUACAGUGUCCUGGAACAGUUUUAAGACCAGGACGUGUAUAUGAUAGUAAUAAAAUUACAUUAUUAUCAGUAUUGAAAGAAAACGGUUUUGAUCCUGUAGAUAUGGGUAUUGCGCAAGAUGCGGAGGCUAUCAUGGUAUCUAAGAUUCAACAUGCUUUAAGCCAAGUUGAUGUACUUAUUACAACAGGUUCUGUAUCAAUGGGUGAUAGGGAUAUGUUAAAACCUAUUCUUCAACAUCACUUUAAUGCAACAAUACAUUUUGGGCGCGUGAACAUGAAACCUGGUAAACCAACAACUUUUGCUACAUGCUUAUUUGAAGGCAGAAAAAAAUAUUUUUUGUGUUUACCGGGUAAUCCAGUAUCUGCAACUGUUACUAUGCAUUUAUUUGCAUUACCCGUAUUGAAGCUGUUGUGUAAAGAUAGUUCCAUACCUACUAUUUUAGAAACCAAAUUGACAUCAUCUUAUAUUUUGGAUCCUCGCCCUGAAUAUGCUAGAGCAAUUAUAAAAUGGGAAAAAACAGAUAAUUUACCUUAUGCUUAUAGUACUGGAAAUCAAAUAAGUAGCAAAUUACUUAAUUGUAAAAAAGCGAAUGCACUAUUAAUAUUACCAGCACGUACUAUGGAAAAACCCGAAUUACAUCCAGGAGACAUAGUGCAAGCAAUGUUAUUUGGAUUUCCCCAAUAUAUGUAAUUAGCUAUGAAAGAUAACGAAAAGAAUGAUGUUAUUGUCUAUUAAAAACAUUCCGUGGAUAUAUAUUUUUGUAGUAUUGUUAAUAAAAUGCUUUAUCAAUAUUGUAUGAUAAUGUUAUCAUCGUA